GUAGUGCUGAGCAGAGUCGGAGGAGAGAGAGAGGAGGAUGUUGUGAGUGAACGAUGUUUAUUUCUGUAUAAUUUUUCAAAUUACACUUCGAGUAAAAUACGUUCAGAGAUGUAAGCAGUUGCUGACCCCUCUUUGUGGUAGAGGCCAGCGAUGAGGGGCUUCCACUCCAAGCUGGAUGCGUCGUCGCUGAGCAUGGCGGUGCCGCUGAACCUGGCUGUGGAGACAGAGAAAGCCCAGGCUCUGCUCCAGACAUUCAGCACAGCCUCCCUGCUGGCCAGCGCAGGCCUUGGAGUCUUCUGCUUUCUGGCUGACCAUAUACUGACCUCCCCGUUCAUCCAGCAUCAUGUGUGGCUCAGGGCUGUGCUGGAUAACUCUGUGCACGGUGUGAUUGGACUGUGGUCCUGGGCGAUUGUCAUUGGGCUGAGGAAGAAAAGUGACUUCUAUGAAGUCGUCUUGGCGGGCUUCCUCGCCUCAAUUGUUGACCUGGACCACUUCUACAUGGCCGGAUCGCUGUCACUCAAAGCUGCUUUGAAUCUACCCCAGCGGCCACCACUGCACUGUUCCACGCUCAUCCCGGCAUUCUGCUUCUCCCUGCGCCUGCUGAUGUGGGCCUGCCGCCUGAAGGAUUCGUGGUGCUCUCUACCCUGGAUGCUCUUCAUCUCGCUGGCAUCCCACCACAUCCGGGAUGGCGUACGCCACGGCCUGUGGCUCUGUCCCUUCGGCAACACGACGCCCAUCUCCUACUGGUUGUACAUCACCAUCACUGCCACUCUGCCACACCUCUGUUCUGUGCUCAUGUAUCUCACCGGAACCAGAGACAUGAUCUCCACCAAACACGGCGUGGCUAUUGACGUCUGAGGGGAGCCUUUAACGUAUGUGGGCUUGUACAAUGUGUCUGGGUCUUUUUCUUAUCUUCUCUAAGGAAACUCCUGCACUGGAAUGAUCUGUGCCUGCCGACACCUGGUGUGACUUUUCAGUCCUCUUUAUGGUUCAGCAUUGCCUCACUUCCAUUUGCAGUGGAUUCUUUCCUUGUCCCUUGUAUCUAUGGUCAUUUUAACUAGCUGGUCAGGUGUCAAUUUGCUAUCAGGUUUAUUGACUUCCCUUAUUGGACUUUUAAACUAUUUUUAACUGUAAGAGAGACUGAACAAGCUGUUGCCCUUUGAAGAAUUUUUUGCCUUGUGGUCGCAUUGAACAUGUUAGUGCAUUUAGCACUUGAUAGCUUUUUUUUCCUGUGUACUUUUUUCCGAUGGGGCUGUAUUUGCCAGAUGAUGUUUUUCAAGCACCCAGUCACUCACCAGAGGAAUAUCGGUCACUCUUUCUGCGCAGACAGCCUGAGCUGCAGGUCCAGUCUCACCAAAGUCCAGAGAUACUGUACUAGACAUCAUUGAAUUUUGCCAUCUGUCAUCAGAGAGACAUCUAUACCCACUGGCAGCUUGGCUAGCUGUGUUCAGUCAGCAUGGCGUUUUGCUGAAUAUUAUAUACAGGGGAGCUCAGGGCGCUCAAUUAUUAAUAAUCAAACUUAGUUCUGUGAGACACAGCUUAGCGGAUUUGCUAGUGAAUGUUUCCAUGAUGUGUAUACUCUUAGUCUGUGACGUACUUAUUAAUAAUAGUGGUCUGAACCUCUGACCUCAGUUUAAUUGAAUGUGAUUCCUCAGGAAAGGAUUCAGUACAUCAACAUCACAUUCUUAAACACUACCAGUCAAAAGUUGGACACAUCUGAUCAUAGAAGAGUUUUCCUUAUUUUUAUUGUUUUCUUGAAAACUAUGAAAUAACGUAUGAAAUUACAUAGAUAAAGUUUUGAACAAAAUCACACUCUUGGCAUUCUCUCAAGCAGCGUCACAAAAAGCCACCUGAAAUGCGUUUCAGUUAGGAAUGAAGAAGAAGAUACACAUGGCUAUUUUAUUAGGCGCACUUACCUUGUUUCUACACUCAUUGUCCAUUUUAACAGUUCUGUUUACCAUGCAGAUGGACUUAAAUUAUAAAACUACAAAAUACACCAUUGUGCUAAGUGGACUUGAUAAAAUGGACAGUGAGUGUAAAAACAAGUGAGAUGUACCUAAUAAUAAAGUAAUCGUUAAAAAGGUUAAUUAAAAGGUUAAUGCACACACACUGACAUAUAUGAGUGUGUGUGGAUACAUAACACAUGCAUUUUUUCCUAGAUUUUUAAAAUAUUAUUGUACUUAAGUAACCACUUCACUGUUUGUCUCAAACAAACUUCAUUAAUAUUUAACUGUACUUUAACUUUUUAGAUAAAAAUAUUACAAAUAGGAAAAAUGUGUAUUUAGGUGUCCAAACUUUUGACUGGAAGUGUACAUUGAGUACAUAACUGGAGGAGCUACAGUAGUAGAAUAUAAACAAAUAAAAGCAAUGCACUAUGUUUGAAUAUUAUAUACUAUUAUAAUUGAUUAUAAUUAACUAACACAUCCAAAAUCGAUUCCACUUAAUCGUCAUGUACAGAUCAUUGUAACACCCAUAACAACCUGUGACAGCUCAGUUUUGCCAGCGUGGUCUGCAGUUGAUUGUAAAGCUUGUGUGAAAAGCGCUUUAGAUACACUGUCAGCAUGUGAUCGUGUGGUGUAGUGAAUGUGUCGGGAUGUGAAGGUGAAUGGAAAAGGUCUGUUUGCUGUUUCGAAUUCCAGGAAAGUGGAGAUUAGUAUCAGCUGACUGGAACAAAAAGCCCUGAUCAGAUUGUCCAUCUGAGCAAAGAGUAGGUGAAGUGGGCAGAGAUUACACUGUUAGCUGCAGUACAGACCGUAGGCAGCCGGACAGUGACACGGUUUCUGUUGUAUUGCCACUGUGCUCCAGUUUGGAUUUGAAAUGAUGAUUGAGGUUAAGGUGGAGACUGUCAGCGUUAAUUUGAGGAUAUUGAUCCAUGCUGGGUGAAUCAUGUAGGAUUCAUGGCCCAUAAUUCAGGAGACAUAAUCUUACAGCAAUGUCACAUGUACCAUUCCCCAGAGUCUGUGAUGCUGCUCAGUGGGGUCACUGAGCUUGAGUAAUUGCUUUGGCCGGUCAAAAACAUUCCACUUUUUUGCCUCUGAACGCUUCUUCAUUGCUUUAGCAGUAUGUUUCUGCGCUGCUCAGUGAGCUGAGAUGUUUGUUUGCAUCUCAGCAGUCAAAAUCCUUUUGUACACUUCAGAAUUCAUCCGUCUAUACAGCUUUGUUGCAGAACUCUUCAGGCUUUAUUUCAAAAUGUAUCUUGGCUUUCUGAUCUUGAUGUUUAUCAGUGGUUUACAUGUUGUGGUUAUACUGGUGUGGUAGGCUUUGAUGCAUUACAGUAUGAUUUUACAGCCUCAUGGUGGCCUGCUUUGCUGUCAUUGACACAUCUUUGAUCAUGUUGAGGGAUAAAAGUUAACAGACUCCAGAUGCAGCACGCACAGACAUCCGCGACAGGCAGACUUGGGCAGGCACCUGUCCGAUUAAUUUUGGUCGGAAAUUAAGAGGACUGUGUAAUUCUGACCUGGUUCACCUGAUAUACAUGUGUAAACUUUAAAAUUAAAGCUGACAGACUGCACUUUAACUCA